AUGUCACUCGACAGAUUGAAACAAGCAACGUCCCAUAUUACCGGACAGGUCGCGCCUCCACAUCCUUUUGACCCUCUCAGCGAACAUGAGAUUGAAGCAGCCGUCGCACUGGUCCGGAAGGAGCACAGUGAUGUCUUCUUCAAUGCCGUCACAUUGUGGGAGCCGCGGAAAGCGGAGAUGAUGAGAUGGCUCAAAGACCCUGAACACACACCGCGCCCAGCCCGUGUUGCGGAUGUGGUGUGCAUCGGGAGAGGAAGUAAAGUCUUUGAGAGCAUUGUCGACUUGACCGCGAGCAAAGUCCUGAGCUGGGAAAAGAAAGACGGUGUUCAGCCACUUGUAGGUGUUUACCUUCAGAUUGUUGAGUCUGUUGUCAGAAAGGACCCGAAAGUGAUCGAGCAAUGUGGAAUCAUUGGCAUCCCACCGGAAGACAUGCACAAAGUCUACUGUGACCCAUGGACGAUUGGCUACGAUGAGCGCUUUGGCACAAAUGUUCGCCUCCAGCAAGCGCUCAUGUACUACCGGCCACAUGUGGAUGACAGCCAGUACACAUAUCCACUCGAUUUCUGCCCGAUCUACAAUUCAGAUACCCAGGAAAUUAUUCACAUUGAUGUGCCACCGGCCCCACCAAACAACUACCAUGCGGCAGCUAUCGAAGCAGAAGGUGGAUUCCGCAAUGACCUCAAGCCGAUCAACAUUACACAACCGGAGGGCGUAUCUUUCAAGAUGGAUGGCAGGUAUAUCACCUUUGCCAACUGGAAACUCCACAUUGGCUUCAACUACCGCGAGGGCAUGGUCCUCUCCAACAUCACUUUUAACGACAAGGGCACCGUGCGUGACACUUUCUGGCGACUGUCACUCGCUGAGAUGGUUGUCCCGUAUGGCAAUCCCGAGCAUCCGCAUCAGCGCAAGCAUGCUUUCGACCUUGGCGAAUAUGGCGGUGGUUACAUGACCAAUUCGUUGAGCCUGGGGUGUGAUUGCAAGGGUGCAAUUCAUUACAUGGAUGCUGCUUUUGUCAACCGCGCUGGUGCAGCGACCACAAUCAAGAAUGCAAUUUGCAUCCAUGAAGAAGAUGCCGGGAUCCUGUUCAAGCACACCGACUUCCGAGACGACAGCGUUACUGUGACUCGUGCUCGUAAGCUCGUCAUCUCGCACGUCUUCACAGCCGCCAACUACGAGUACUGCGUUUACUGGAUCUUCCACCUCGACGGGACGAUUCAGCUUGAAGUUAAGCUCACCGGUAUCUUGAACACAUAUGCGAUGAAUCCAGGCGAGGACCUGCAUGGCUGGGGUACCGAAGUGUACCCAGGUGUGAACGCACACAACCACCAACAUCUCUUCUGCAUGCGCAUCGACCCGAACAUCGAUGGACCAGAAAAUACAGUCUUCAUGGUCGAUGCGAUGCGAGGUGAUGGCGAGGUCGGCAGCGCUGAGAACAAAUACGGCAACGCUUUCUAUGCGAAGAAGACGAAGCUCAGCACCCCUGAGCAAGCAGCAACCGAUUACAACGGAGCCACCAGCCGCACGUGGGAGAUGUGCAACGAGAACAAACUCAAUGCAUACAGCAAGAAGCCAGUGUCGUAUAAGCUUGUCAGUCGAGAAGUUCCAGAGUUGCUACCAAAGCCGGGGAGUUUGGUGUGGAAGAGAGCGGGCUUUGCGCGCCAUGCUGUGCAUGUAACAAAGUACGACGACGCCCAAUUGCACCCCGCUGGCCGGCACGUACCCCAAACCUCAGGCGAACCAUCUCAAGGCAUACCAGCCUGGAUCGAAGAGAACCCUAACGCAGACUUGACGAACACCGAUGUCGUUCUGUGGCACACUUUUGGCAUCACGCAUUUCCCCAGCCCAGAGGAUUUCCCGGUCAUGCCUGCUGAACCGAUGACGUUGCUGCUUCGACCGCGCAAUUUCUUCACGAGGAAUCCGUGCUUGGAUGUGCCGCCUAGUUAUUGCAGUGUGCCGAGUGGUGUUAAGCAGGGAGGUGGGCUGGUGGAUAAGUUGAGUAGGUUGGCGUUUGAAGAGAAGAAAGAGGAGUCGGCGACGUGCUGCUCGGGGGAGAAGUUUGGGGCCGUCCCAAUCGUUCAUUCCACGGACAGCAUCCUUUGCCUGAGCUUACAGCAUGCUCCCGCAACCCUCACCGCCAUCCCACUACCCACAAUGCCCCGCGCAUUCCCACCCGUAGAACAAAACGCCCUCCCCGCCCCGCGCCGCCCCGUCCCCAAAAGCCCGCUCUCCGCCUCCCUAAUCGAAAGCAUCGCCGGCUUCAGUGCGGGCGUCGUAUCCUGCCUCGCCGCACACCCUCUCGACCUGCUCAAGAACCGGCUGCAGCUGAACACCACUUCGCGCUCACGGCCCGGGGAUUCCUUCCGCAUACUCUCGGCUGUGGUGAAAGAUGAGGGCGGUGUGAAAGCUUUAUACCGCGGCUUGUGGCCAAAUCUACUGGGCAACAGUUUGGGCUGGGGCUUGUAUUUCUUGUUCUAUGGAAAUUUGAAAGAGGUGUUUCAGAGGCGGAGAGCGAAGGGCGAGCAUCUUGGUAGCGCGGAGUUUUUCUCGGCGAGCAUUAUUGCUGGUUUGUGCUGUCCUUCUUUGGUGGGCGCAUGCACCAACCCUAUCUGGGUCGUCAAAACGCGCAUGCUCGAGCGCGGCGCAAACCACCCCUCGGCGUACAAAUCCAUGUCCUUUGGGAUUCGCCACGUCUACGAAACGCGCGGCUUGAAAGGGCUCUGGGCGGGCUUCAUCCCCUCGUCGCUCGGCGUGCUGCACGGCGCGGUACAAUUCAGCAUAUACGAGAAUAUGAAGAAGCGACGAGGCAACCAAUUAGGCGGGCAAGACCAGCUGAGUAAUUGGGAAUAUGUGUAUAUGAGCGGCGGAAGCAAGCUCUUGGCGGGCGCUAUCACGUAUCCCUACCAGCCGAUUAGAGCGAGGAUGCAGCAGUACAAUGCGGCGCAACAGUACACGGGGCUGCUGGAUGUGUUGCAGAAGACGUAUAGAAACGAGGGGUUUUUGGCGUUUUAUAAAGGAGUCAUUCCGAAUACGCUGCGAGUUAUUCCGACCACGAUUGUUACGUUUGUUGUGUAUGAGAACACGAAGUUGUAUCUUCCCAAAGUGUUCAACGAUGAGGAAGAGAUGGCUCAUGAUGAAGAUUGA